GGCAGAACACAGGCCCAGCAGGAUCUACGUUCACGCGGCCGCUGCGCCUCGUACCGCACGUAUCACCGCUCGUAUACACCUCGCGCGUGCAAGGAAGGAAUUUCCAUCUCUCGUUCCUUUUUUUUUUUUUUGUCUUUUUCUUUUCUCCCUUCGCGAGUGAGGGAAGAGCGGAGAAACAGGAGGAGGAGAAAAGCUUUCGAACAGUGCGCAGCUCUUAGUUUCAGGUUAGGAGCCUGCUAGGACGGGUCUCGUACUCUCUCUUCCUGAGGUCAGCCGAGACGAGUCGAGACGAGACGGGACGGAACGGAACGGGACGAGACGAGGCGAGGCGAGGCGAGGCGAGGGAAAAAAACGAGCGGAGCCAGUGAAGUGUGACCGCGUGCAGUGCAUGUUCGUCGGGUUUUUCCGCGCGAGUGUGGGUGUGAUGCCGCCGGGAGAAGCGCAGAGAGAGCAGCAACAUCAGCAGCGGGCAGCCUGACGUCCGGCUUGAGAAAAAAGAAAGAGCCAGGAGAGAUUCGAAGAUAUCCGGUGGUAUCCCUCCCGAGGCGAGGGAGACCAGGGAGGCGGCGACGAGCGCGUCGAUGACUUUGGUGAACUCGGGAAGGACAUUGUGCGAUUUCGUGUGACCGUGGGGCCAGUGUGUGGUGCGACGACGGGUCGAGUGUGUUCCGGGACAGUGUCCGGGACUAAGGAACAGGGAGAGACGGUAGCGACGGGCCCGCCGGCCGAGGCGUGCGCCCCAGGAGGCGUCGGCGGCGCCGGCAAACCAAGGGGAACAGUUUCGGCCUCGGCGGAGAAGCUCGAAGCCGUCAAAGUGGCUUCGUCACUGGGCCUCCAGGGGCCAUCAGCGCCGAUAGGGGCCCAACUACUGGCUACUGCCGGUUCGGAGGAUGCACCGUCCGUGUACCACGCGAAUCUGCUAGCCAGCAGCAACGCGUCCGUGCUCCAACAGCCCGUUCUAGCGAGCCUGAACACGCCGGCACUGGCCAGCAUGCAGGCCUCUGCGGAGGCCAACUCGCUGGACAUUCAGGCCAUGCAGUCCAUGGACUGGCUGUUCAAGAAGGAGCGUAUAUACCUGCUCGCCCAGUUCUGGCAACAGAGGGCGACAUUGGCGGAGAAGGAAGUGUCCGCACUGAAGGAGCAACUUGCCGCGGCGAAUGAUGGAAAUUCGAAGACUGAGGGACACAAAUUGUCUCAGACUCCACAGGGAAGCGAUCAGCAGCAGGUGCACGAUGCCAGCAAUCCCAGGAGAACGCCCAACACCAACCUGGAGCAGGAACUGCAAGCCAAGGACAAAGAGAUCGGUCAACUGGUGGAGGAAGUGUCCAGGUUACAGCAGAGCCUGCAGCGUCUCCAAGAGACGAGCGCACAGGCGACCGCUCGGCUCGAGGAGGAACUGGAGGCGCGCAGACAGCACAUCAACAGACUGGAGAGCAAACUGGAACGGCAGAGGGACUACGACGACCUGAAACGCGAGAUAAACGCGCUAAGGUCGGUCGAUCUCUCCCAGAUACCGACCGGUGAACCUGGCAAGAGCUUGGAGCACCUUCUAAUGGAACGCUCGAAGGCGCUUCAACAGACCGAGAGCUUGAAACCAUCCAACACCCCGGACGCGCUCGGUGGGCUCUCGUCACCCCUGCAGCGCGCCUCUACCGCCUCGCCCCACGGGGUCGGGGGUGUGCCGCCUUCGUCCCACGUGUCCUCCCAGCAACCACCGCCGCCACCCCCAGCAGCAGUCUCCCUCCCCCCGCGCUCCACCCCCACACCAUCCUCGGCCACCUCGACCACGUCCAGCCUCCUCUUCCCCCCUCCCCUGCAAAACGUCGAGACGUUCGGCUCGUUCCUCGGCGAAGAGAUCGUCGCCAACUGGAGGCGGACGUUGGAGAGGUCCAUCAUGAAUCAACAGCAACAACAGCAGCAGCAACAACAGCAACAGCAAUCGAAUCCGUUGAGCCAAUUGUCGCAGCAACAGUUGCAGCAAGCUCAACCGCUGAUCGGCCUUCACCCGCCCACCGCGGCCGCGAGCAGCGGCCUCAAUCAUCUUCCAUCCCCCACCGAUCCCUCGUCCAGCUCCAACACCCCCGCCAAAUCGAACACCCCCCUAGGAACGACCCCGCUCAGUUGCCUCGACGCGGAGAAAGCGCCGACACCCGUCUCGGGCCACGAGACCCCGGCGCCCCCGACACCGUCCUCGACGACGGCGUUAACGUCGCCCCCGAGCUUUCAACCGCCGACCUCCAUCAUCGAGACCACCACCCCCUCCGCCGCCUCCGUCAACGGCGCAACCCUCACGCCCGCCGUCCUACCCCCAGCGCCGCCCCCCAAAAGCCCGCCCGACCAGGAAUCUUGCCACAACAACAACAACAACAACAACAACAGUCAUCAUCUGGCCAACAACAAUAACAACAACAAUAAUAACAACAACAACAACAACAACAACAACAACAACAUAGGAGGGUUGAGCGUGCUGGACACGUUGAAGAGCCCGUUCCGGUUCGACGAUAGAACGCAUCCGUUUCGAUUCAGCGACGAGUUCGGGCCAACGGGGAUGCCAGUGAGACUGGGCGAGUCCCUGAUCCCGAAGGGGGAUCCGAUGGAGGCGAGGCUGCAAGACAUGCUCCGGUACAACAUGGACAAGUACGCGUCGCAGAAUCUGGACACGUUGCACAUAGCGAGGAAGGUGAGGGAGCUGUUGUCGAUACACAACAUCGGGCAGAGGUUGUUCGCCAAGUACAUACUCGGGCUGAGCCAGGGCACGGUGAGCGAGUUGCUGAGCAAACCGAAGCCGUGGGACAAACUGACGGAGAAGGGGCGAGACAGCUACAGGAAGAUGCACGGGUGGGCGUGCGAUGAAAACGCUGUAAUGCUGCUUAAAUCUCUGAUACCGAAGAAAGAGUAUGUUUCAGGCAAGGAGCAGGGAAUGCCAGCGUUCGCGCGUGGCCCACAGGAAGGUGGCCCACCUGAGAUGAGUGACGAGAGGUUGGCGCACAUUCUCUCGGAAUCGGGCCACUUACAAAUGAGAAGUGAGCACGAGGUGUCGAACGACGCGGACAGCAAAAGUCCGAAUAGAAUCGGUUGUCCGAGCCCGUUUAACAAAGAGAGGCUCGACAGUCAAAAUAGGAGACUGAAGAAAUACGAGAACGACGACAUUCCGCAAGAGCAGGUAGUGAGGAUUUAUCAGGAGGAGCUGGCCAAAAUAAUGGGGAGAAAGGUGGAGGAUACGCGUGGACCCAGAGAGUUUUCUUCCAGUGGCGCGAUGUUCACGCACUUUUUCAGCGGCACGCAGGAGGAUUUCCGGCUGGCACUUGGCGCGUACCACCGUGAAAUGCAGAAACUGAACGCCACACCGGGUCAGAGCCCUUCGCUCAGCGGACUGCCGGGAUUGGCCGGGCUGCCCGGCCUGUUGGCGCUUCAGCAGCAAGCGCUUCAGCAGCACCACCUGGCGACGAACGGCGGAGGCGUCCAAGAUCUGAGCCUGGGCAAGGUGCAAGAUCCGAGGGGGAAGAUGAUAAACGGUGUUACGGAGGAGGAGAAGGAGAAGAUGGAGGAAGCGAUGAGACACGCGGGUAGCGCUUUCUCGCUGGUGAGGCCGAAACAGGAAGCUUCAACGGCGCCACAGUCGACGCCAGGUGGAUCCAGCGCGAGUUCGCCUCUCGGCAACUCGAUACUUCCACCGGCAAUGACACCUAGCGAGGAGUUUUCGAGUGCAGCGGCGGCUAGCCCUCUUCAGAGGAUGGCCUCCAUCACCAAUAGUCUGAUCAGUCAACCGUCCACGCCUACUCACCACACGGCCAACCAGAGGCCGCUGAAAGCGGUACUUCCACCCAUCACUCAACAACAGUUCGACUUGUACAAUAACUUGAAUACGGAGGAUAUAGUUAAGAGAGUGAAGGAACAAUUGUCUCAGUAUUCCAUCUCCCAACGUUUGUUCGGCGAAUCCGUGUUGGGCCUGUCUCAAGGAUCCGUCUCCGACCUGUUGGCGCGUCCCAAACCGUGGCACAUGCUGACGCAGAAGGGCCGCGAGCCCUUCAUCAGGAUGAAGAUGUUCCUCGAGGACGACAACGCGGUUCACAAAUUGGUGGCCAGCCAGUACAAGAUCGCCCCUGAGAAGCUGAUGAGGACCGGCGGCUACGGUGGCCUGCCUCGUAAGUUUAACUCAGCCUGCGGAACACCGAUGAAGCCCAUGCCUCCCACGAAACUGGUCCAGGAACAGCUUCAAAACGCAGCGAAGGCGCAGGCAGCGGCGCAAGCGGCUGCCCAGGCAGCGGCGCAGCACCAGCAGGAGAACCAGGCAGCGGCGGCGAUGCAACUUGGCCCCCCUCAGCAGAGUCCCCAACACCCUCAGCACCCUCAACCGCCACCGCCUAUGAUGCUGACUCCGCCCGGCCCCCACCACCCCCACGCCCAGCUCAGCAUGCAGGAGCUGCAGAAGAAGCAGCAACAGCAGCAGCAACAGCAGAUGAACCUGCACUCCCCUCACCACCAGAUGGCGCCCUCGCCCCUCCGCGGCCUCCAUCCCCACAUCUCGCCGAGCGUGUACGAAAUGGCAGCGUUGACCCAGGACCUGGACACCCAGACGAUCACGACGAAGAUCAAGGAGGCGUUGCUCGCAAACAACAUCGGGCAGAAGAUAUUCGGCGAGGCCGUGCUCGGGCUGUCGCAGGGCUCCGUGAGCGAGUUGCUGAGCAAGCCCAAGCCUUGGCACAUGCUGAGCAUAAAGGGACGGGAACCGUUCAUCAGGAUGCAAUUAUGGUUAUCCGACGCUCACAACGUCGACCGGUUACAGGCGCUGAAGAACGAGCGCAGGGAGGCGAACAAGAGGCGGCGUAGCAGCGGCCCAGGCCACGACAACAGCUCGGACACGUCUAGCAACGACACGGCCGAGUUCUACCACGCGGCGUCGCCUGGCCCGGGGCCGGCCUCCGCCAAGAAGCAACGGGUCCUAUUCUCCGAGGAGCAAAAGGAGGCCCUCAGGCUGGCGUUCGCCCUCGACCCUUACCCCAACGUGGCCACGAUCGAGUUCCUCGCCGGCGAGCUUGCCCUCUCCUCGAGGACGAUAACCAACUGGUUUCACAAUCACCGGAUGAGGCUGAAGCAGCAGACGCCCCACGGCCAGCCGGAGCCCCAGUCGCCCAGGGAGCCCGGCCAACCGUUCGACCCUGUCCAGUUCAGAGUAUUAUUAAACCAAAGACUGUUCGAGAUACAGAAGGAGAGGUUGGGCCUGGGCAACGUUCCCCUACCCUACACCCCCUACUUCAACCCCAACCUGGCUGCCUUGGUAGGGAACGCGUUGAAGGAGCAGUGCUCGGGCCUCGACCUGUCCAUGAGCGCCUUGAAGAGGGAGCCGAAUCAGGAGUUCGAGGACGAGGACGCGGAGGACGCGAUGAGCAACCUCGGAAGCGAGGACUCGGAGGGAUCGGCGGGUAGCAUAAAGCGGGAGCCGGCGGAGACGCCGACAGCGCCUACCACGGUCAGAUCGAACAGGAGGAAACCUGCGGCGCCCCAGUGGGUGAACCCCGAGUGGCAGGAGCCGACCAGGGGGGCGGGGGACGAGGUGAUCAUAAACGGUGUGUGCGUGAUGCAGACCGACGACUACGGGGUGAAGAGGGAGGCGGAGGAGACGAUCAGGGUGGAGCCCACUCCUGUCCAGGACAGAUACGAGGAAGACGCGCAGAGCGACGUGUCCUCCGUCUCUGGGAACAACGGCCAGGACCGGGACAGCCCUUUGCCAAGCCCGAAGUCAGGCCAGAACAGUCCGGUCGCGUCGCCGAGGCCACCCUCCACCCACCAGACGCAGCAGUCCACCGAGGGGAGCCCCAAGGAAAGCGUGGUGAAACACGAGCCGGAAGAAACGUGGGAUUAUUAAACGACCGAUCGAGAUCGAGUCAUGGUGUCCGCUGUUUUUUCGUGAUAUCCGUUUUCGUGAGUUUGGACACGGGAGAACGGUGUUUGAAACCGCGUGAGCGAGAGAGAGAGAGAGAGAGAGAGAGAGAGAGAGAGAGAGAGAGAGAGAGAGAGAGGAAGAAAACAUGCCAAAAUAUAAUGCUGCGAUCGAGUUACGCGGUCCCGUUCUAGCGUGGACUACGGCCUAGUUAAGUUCGUAGAGAGGGGGGAAAAAAAAACCAGUCAUAGGAUUCGACCAGGCCUGGUUGGUCGAUUCCUGCCUACCACGAGGGCAUUAUCAAUAGGGAGGAGGCAAAUACAAAGUUAGGAAUUACGUGAAACAGAAAAUGAGUAAGAAAAAGAGAGAGAGAGAGAGAGAGGAAAAGAUAAGAAAUAAUAAAAUAAAAGACAUGUCAGUGAAAUUAUUCGAAAAUUGUCGGAAACAAUUUUCCGACAGGAUGAACUGACCACUGGAGUGGUCGGAGACACACGUUGCUUAUCAAAGCAAGAAGACGGAGCUCAAUCAAAAAGAAAAAAAAAAAAAGAAAAAAAAAAGAAAGAAAGAAAAGAAAAGGGAAAAAAAAGGAACUCUUUUUUUCGUAACAACGCGUUGUUUCUGUGCGAGUUGAUGGGUCAGAAGUGUGGUGUAUGCACAGUUGCUAUAUACGUUCGGCGUGAUUCGAUAAUUGUUAGAAGACUGUGAGACGCGACGAGACAGAGCCUGGAGAGGGGGGGAUGGGAGGGAGGGGAGGGGGGGGGAAGAAGAUAAUAAAUAAAAAAUAAAAAAGGCGUUCGUCGCACAUUCACUCGAAAAAAAAAAAAAUCCGAAAGAAAAACCCUGGCCGCUUCCGUUUUUUCCUUCGGUGGAAUUGUUGGAGGGGUCGAAAGGUAGUGAAAAUAAAAUAUCGCGUGAAGGAGAGAAAGAGAGAGAGAGAGAGAGAGAGAAACGAUGAUCAAUCGGUGAACGGAAAUGGUCCGGGUUCGAUAGAGUGCAAUCUACGAGUAACCAGAAAGUUGUUAGAUCGAAUUAUUAUUAAUUUUAUCUAAUUAUGCGGCGAAGAUGAGCGAUUAAUAAUUAUUGCAUAAUUGUGAUUCAUGUUAUAUUGUUUAUACACUUCUCCUAUCCCAUAGUCAUUAAGCUGUUAAUGUUAUUACACUCCGCUCUCCGACUACGUACCUUUUUUUGUCUGUUCGGUUAUUAAAUAGGGCGCGUCGUCUUUCGUGAAGGAAGGAAAAAAAAAGGAAAAGAAGAAAAAAAAAAAAAAAUAAACAGAGUAAAGUAAACGAUUAGGAAAAGAAAA